GACUUGCUUCUAAUUGCUGUAUAAAAUAGUGUAUAUACAUUCAAGACUUAUUUAUUAGGCAGACGUAAUUUGACUAAUUACUACCAAGUCUAAAAACGUAGUACUGUAGUCGUUACAUGAACAAGUGCUUAUUUUUUUUUGAAAAUGCUUUGCAAGCCAGUUACCCACGUUUUAUUUGACAUGGAUGGAUUAUUACUGAAUACUGAGAAAUAUUACAUGAUGGGAUUUCAACAAGUAGCUUCUAGAUAUGGCAAAGAAUUUACAUUUGACUUGAAAUGUAAAAUAAUGGGUAAACAGAGUCAGGAACUAGCGAGUUCUAUUAUUAAUGAGCUUAACUUGCCGUUGACCGAAGAAGAAUUUAUUUUUGAAACGAGAAAGAUUUUUGAUAAAUUAUUUUUACAAUCAAAAGUAAUGCCGGGCGUCGAGAAACUUCUGCUUCAUUUACAUAAACACAAGGUUCCAAUGGGUCUUGCUACUAGUAGUAGUAAAGAAACAUAUGACUUGAAAGUCACUCAUCAUCAUGAACUUUUUCAAUUAUUCCCAUAUAAAACUUGGGGAUCGUCAGAUCCCAAUGUGAAAAGAGGAAAACCAUAUCCUGAUAUAUUUCUUAUAGCUGCUACCAAGUUUCCGGAUGCACCGAGUCCAGACAAGUGCUUGGUUUUCGAAGAUUCCUUAAAUGGUGUAAAAGCUGCUGUUGCCGCUGGUAUGCAAGUAGUGAUGAUACCAGACCCUCGUUUCGAUCGCAGUCAAGCCCCCGAAGCGACACUUAUACUAAGCUCAAUGGAAGACUUCCGACCGGAAGUUUUUAGUUUGCCGCCAUUUGAUAACUAGAAUUUUGUAAUGUUAUGGAUAUAAUAAUUGUCAUAUUUUUUUAAAUAAAAUUUAUUUUCAUCAUGAGAUAAUUUAAUAGCGAGAAAGUAAUCUGGGA